AAGUUCCAAAACAUAAAGGUUACAAAAGGAAUUGAAUUCGUAAGAUCACUAAAGUUUACCGCCCCAUCAUCUGAACUCCAAAAUUAACUUUUCAAGGAAGAAAGUGCAUAAGCUGGACUGCUGUUCAAGAUGAAUUACUGCAGCAAGCCUUCCUAUAACUACAGACAGAAAACCAUGGAGGAAGAGAUGCUUCCUCGUCUCUUCACCCCAAACAAGGCCCGCAGAGCUUUCAAUUGGUUGAGAUCUGGGCAGUACGACGAAAAACUUGCGGUGCUCAAAUCGUUUUGGAUCAAGGAGGAGGAAAGACAAGCAACAGAAAAGGUUUUGAGGGACAGUUUCCAUCCACAAGUGGUGCCACGAGUCAGGGCGUGGCUUGAUGAGGCUGAUGAGGAAGAGAAGAAAGCAAUCUUCAAGUUAUUUCGGAGCAUGGCUAGUCAACCUUCUCCUGAGAAAGCUUCCACAACGCUUAAAAAACUGAGCCUGCCUUUUGAUGCUUCAACACGUAACUUUGGUGUGACAAGCAACCAAACCCAGAAAAGAAAAAUUACUUUGGAUGACGCCAGGCACAAAAUAAAUCCCAAUCUCUUAACGGCGCGUGGACGUGGGGACCUUAUUUACGUGGCGCAGAGAAGAACUGAGUUCGAUAUUGCACCCGACUGGAGAGCACCAAUGCGCAGCGUGGUUCCUAUGACCCAGAUCACUCGGGGUGCUCCUACGCAGGAGAGGCUACCAAGGUUAACCAAGCACGUCUGUCUACAUAAUCAGCGUGAGUUUGUGAUUCAUCCCGAAUGGAUUAUCCAUUGAAGUUAAGGAGAGCAAUUCAAGGGAACGGUUCACUCCAUUUUUCAGCCUUUUUCAAUUGUUGCUUAAAUUGUUAGUUUGUAUUCCGCCGGUUAGAAAUAAACAAUUGA